GCAGACGUCAUGUGGAUCUACUGCGAUCUACCUUUAGCUUAGCCUUUCAAACUCUUCCUUUAUUUAACGUAGAUCUGUUUGGGAUCUUGCCUGUUCCGGUUGUAAUUAAGAAGCUGGAGGUUAGUAACGCCGGACAGACAGUUGUGUAGGCUGACUUAUCAUCCGACAGGUUUAUAGAGCUCUGUGUUAAGUGAUAACGAGUGGAUUUAAUGCGUUAGCUCGAGCUGAUCUAACGUUACAGGAGAAACAGCAGUCAUGGGCUCCAGAGCUUCAUCUUUACUCAGAGAAGAGGACAUCGACGAAAUCAAGAAAGAAACUGGAUUCUCCCACAGUCAGAUCACUCGCCUCUACAGCCGCUUUCACAGUCUCGAUAAAGGAGAGAACGGAGCGCUCAGCCGAGAAGACUUCCAGAGGAUUCCUGAGUUGGCCAUAAAUCCUCUUGGUGAUCGGAUAAUAAAUGCCUUCUUCCCAGAGGGUGAGGAUCAGGUGAACUUUAGGGGCUUCAUGAGGACAUUGGCUCAUUUCCGUCCUGUGGAGGAUAAUGAGAAAAACAAAGACAUGAUAUCUGGCGAGCCGCUCAACAGCAGGACCAACAAACUCCACUUCGCUUUCCAGUUGUAUGACCUUGACAGAGACGACAAGAUCUCCAGAGACGAGCUGCUGCAGGUGCUGAGAAUGAUGGUAGGCGUGAAUAUUUCUGACGAGCAACUUGGAAGCAUUGCAGACAGAACCAUCCAGGAAGCUGACACUAACGGAGACAUGUGUAUCUCCUUCAGCGAGUUCACCAAGGUACUGGAAAAAGUGGAUGUGGAACAGAAGAUGAGCAUCCGCUUCCUUCACUGAAAACCAAACGCGCUGUGAACUCUGAUUGGAGCCCAUCAGUGUCGAUGGAGAUAAGACACGCCCCCUGACUCUUCUCUCUGUGGGCGGAUACAUCCUUUAUAAACAUGAUUGUGUUGUCAUGGUUACAUUUGUUCCAAUCACCUGUCACUCUUGAGUUGCUUUUGCAUCAGAAGAGUGGGUACUCACAUAUGUUAAAAUUAUAUUUAUUCCAGCUGUGAAAUCAGUUUAUUAAAACUUUCCCAAUGGGGAGGCUGUAAUUGAUAUUGAUACUGACGGGUGCUUCUUGUAAUGUCCAUUUAGUCACCUUCUUAAAGGGUUAGUUCAGCCAAAAAUGAAAACUAAGCCAUAAAUUACUCACCCUGAAGUCAUCUUUGGUGUAUAUGACUUUCUUCUUUUUAGACAAAUUCAAAAAUUGGAUGACUCCAUGGUGAGUAAUUUAUGGCUUAAUUUUUAUUUUUGGCUGAACUGACCUUUUAAAGGCCAAAUCUGAUACUUCAGUAAUUCACAAUCUCGUUUCUAAGGAAUUUCCAUGAUACACUUUCCUUAUCACCUGAGAAAAUGAUAUGUCGCCCUCAAAAAUACCUCUCAAAUCAUUUUUUAGGGUGUUUUUUCUUCUUGUAAGUGAUAAUGAUUGUAAGUCAACAUGUAAGAGGGAGUGGAAUGGUUUAGAAGAGAUAAACAGAAGAAAAUCAGGUCAGUUAAGUCUUUAAAUUAAGUUAUUCUACACGCCCAUUUCUCUUUUAAAUCAUGUAUGCAUAGUCAAGUCUCAGAUUAAAUUAUUUAGGGGGAUGCGUGUAAACUAAGAUAUGUUUGAGCAUCCCAAUUUGACCUGACUACGAAAUACUAACCCUAAAACAGUAGAAGAUGUGUUUCACACUAGCAUUUUUGCGAAUUGAAAUUAUGCACCUUUCAUCUGUAUCUUAUUUUUUUGCCAGGCAGAUGAUAACAUUUUAAGGAUGGCCUCGAGAUAUAGAGGGACCAGAAUAUAUUAGAAACUUGUGCUGCAUGGACUUUUUUAAUUUAGACUGGAAAAGAAAACAUCUGGUUCACCCUUAGAAUCUGCACAGCCAAACACCACUCUCUUCCUUCAGAAAAAGAAAAAAUCUUUGCCAUUCUCUUAAUGUGCAGAUAUUACUCACUUUUCAGUUUCAGCUGUUGUUCAUUCAGUCCAGUCAAUUUCAAAACUAACCAGUGAUUUAAUGUUGGGUGGGUGUGAUUUGUUCUAUCUGACACAUGUUCUCAGAGUUGACAUGCAUCACAUCCCUCCUAAAUCACUGUGCUGUUCUGUCAGUUAUUCAUACUUAGGUCAUUCAGGGUGGAAGCAACAAUCUUGAAUUUUAGCGCUUUUUGUCUUUGCUUUAUAUAAGAACAAAAUCAAAGUUUUGUGCCUGUGUCCUUGCUGGAUAUAAACACUGAUUAUUUGAUCAAUGCUACAAUUAAAUCCGCGUGUCAUUCACGGGUACUUGAAUUUCUGCUGAGCUUCUUGCAGAUUCUUGUUUUAUGUAUAGAUUUCUUAAAGGGGACUUCGGAUGCCCGUUUUCAACAAGUUGGUAUAAUUCUUGAGGGUCUUCAUGAAAUGUCUGUAACAUGCCUUUGUUAAAAUUCUUCCGUGGUUGUGUAAAGCAACACCCUUUUUCCUGGUCUCUGUUCAAAAGUGACUCGUUUUGGUGCAUGUCUCUUUAAAUGAUAAUGAGCUACUUCUCACCCCGCCCUUCUCUUCCGUGGGACGUGUCCUCACAAGACACCAGAGUGUAUAUGUAUAAGGCUCGGGGGGUGGUCUCACUCAAAUAGCUUUAUAUCUACAUAGAAACUAGGGAUGUAAUGAUUAACCAAAAAUCGAUUCAAAUAUGUCACAAUUCUAAUUGGUUGAGAUGCCAAAAUAAAUGUUGAUACAAUUGGAGUAGGAGUUUAUGUGAAUGUAUCUCUGAAGGGAACUUUCUGUCUUUAGAAAAGUUUCCCUGGUAUUUUCUUUUCGUCUAGCCUCUGAACAAUUCAUAUGAAAGUAGUGCUGAUAAGUUGAAUUUCAUUUGUUUACAGCGUUAACCCAGGAAACGCUGUAUCAUUGCAGUUCAUAAGCGCCACCUGCUGGCAGAGAGUGUAUCUGCAUCUCUCAUCUGCCGUUACGCUCAAAUGCGUUUUAUGUAGUAUAGUUUCAUAAAACUAAACCUAGACCAUUCUGUUUUUGAUUAAAAUUUUGAAAUUAUACAGUCUAACUUAGAUUAAAAACUACUCAUGCUACAUGUAUGCUGCAUCCUUGUUUGGAUCGUGAUUAAAAUCCAGUGGUUGCCUCGGAUUUUAAAAUGGAAAGAGCACAGACACAAAGCCUUAGUUUGUACAUAUUAAGAGAUUUAUUUUAUUUGUGUAACUUGCUUUUUAAAUUUCAAUUUCGUUUUGUUAUAUUUCAACUUCGCAAAGAAACGUGCAGCCUAAUAAAACAAUACCUUUUAAUUUACUGUAUAAUGUCUUCAAUCUCAUUUUGUAAAGAAAAUUAGAAAAUCGAAUCGUGAGUUGAGUGAAUUGUUACAUCCCUGGUAGAAACUGGUUGAAAAUUGAAACCGCUCACUGGAUGAUCGUUUCAGACUCGGACAGCCCAUAACAAACUUUUCUGAGCUUGCAGACACUCCAGAAACCUAAAUUAAUGCAAAACGUAAAAAAUGGAGUGAAAAUGUAAUCCUAUGUCCCCUUUAAAUAAGUCUGAUUUAAAAUAAGCUUUCCUGAGAGCAAAAAUGAAAGGAUCUCAUUAAGUGUAAUAAUCAUGACAUAUACUUGAGAUGUGGACUCUGUGAUAAAGUCAUGUAAGGUUUUGAUUCAAAUAAAAAGUGCCAUGAUUCAAAUAAAUUGAUUCAAAUCAAAUGUG